AUGCUGGGGGUCGAGGCCCGCCAGUCUUCGUACGUCCGGGCGGGGCUUGGGGAGGCGCCGUUUCCCAAUGCUUUCGAUACCCCGCUCGACUUUAAUGAGGUCCACACACUUGCUCUGCCUUUCAUCAAGAACUUCAACAGCGGCCCGGUGAAAUUGCCUUUUACGGCUUUCCCCACUUUGACGCCGCAGUGCACGCCGUAUUACUAUGAGGCUGGUCUAUCCUCUGUCACCUUUUCCGGUGCAUUCAGCAAUGCGGAGCAGCUUGGAGUCACCCAAGACACGACCGUCUACGCCGUCUUCAUCUCCGGCCUCCUAAAGCUGCCCGUCCCCGUACGGAUAGCGAAUAAUGACAGCGACUAUGUGGUCGAUGAAAUCCCAGUUGGCGUCUCAGGCCAGGUAUAUGUCGUGUUAUCAGAUUCCUGCGUCGAUCCCUCGGACGAGAACAUUGUUGCAGGCCCCGCCAUCCUGGAGGCGAGUGUUGUCUCCGUGCACUAA